UCUGGAGGAAGUUAGUGUCUCAGGCUGCGGCGAGUAACAACCUCGGCUCCUCCUGGACAGUUUUAACUUUCUACCGGGGAGGAAUGGUCGCUCCUCUAGGCUCCUGCUCUUUUCGGAUUUAAAGUCGACAGUAUCGUCAUAUUUUUGCUUCUUCGCCAGCCUCCUUGAACACUUUCCUUUAGAGUUUCGAUCAGAGAUUUUUUUUUUUUUGUGCACGAUAACCUCGCCAGUAGACAGACAUCGUUGACUUCACCUGUUGCCCAGAUAUGAUGAGAACCUCUGAGCAGAUGUGAGCGGCUCAAUACUAGUUUGACUCAAACAGAUCUUUCAGAACAACGCCGUUUUCUUGUUUAUAGUUUAGUUAUAUCAGUGAGGAACACGGCCAUGGAUCUGAGACCGGAGCUCCCCACAGUAUCCUCUGCUUCUCAAGUCCACCCAGGAGCGGCAGCAGCGGCCGCGGCAGCAGCCUCCAUCCCGGUGUCCAUGGCCAGCAACCUGCUGCGCGGCCCUCCGAUCCUCCUGCGCACCGCGGACAAGUACCCGCGCACCCCGAAGUGUGCCCGCUGCAGGAACCACGGCGUGGUUUCCGCGCUGAAGGGCCACAAGCGCUACUGCCGCUGGAAGGACUGUAUGUGCGCCAAGUGCACCUUGAUCGCCGAGAGGCAGCGAGUGAUGGCGGCGCAAGUGGCGCUGCGGCGGCAGCAGGCGCAGGAGGAGAACGAAGCCCGAGAGCUACAGCUGCUCUACGGCACGGCGGAGGGACUCGCCCUGGCCGCCGCCAACGGCAUCAUCCCACCGCGUCCGAACUACGAGGUGUUUGGCUCUGUCAGCAGCGAGAGUAACUCAGAUUCAAGUAUCCAGAAGUAUGAGCUGUUUCCAAAGAGUCAGCUGUCCGGGUCCGCCACCACUCAGCAGACUGUGGGGAAACCGGCGUCCACCGAAAGUGACUCGGCCCCGGGCAUCUCGUCCCCAGACGGCCGACAUGGAGGCUCGGGUUCAGAGAACGGAGACAGCGAGUCUUUCAUCAGCUCGCCGGUCUCCAAGCCUUUAAAAGACGGAGGGGAAACUCCAGGGUCCGUCAGCUCCCUCGGCUCUGAUUCCGGCUCUGAGACCGACAAAGACGAUCAGGAGCCCUCCCCGUCCUCUGCGGCCUCCCGGCACAUGAACGCCAUCGACAUCCUGACCCGAGUGUUCCCCAGCCACAAGAGGAGCGUCCUGGAGCUCGUCCUGCAAGGCUGCGGUAAGGACGUGGUGCAGGCCAUCGAGCAGAUCCUCAACAACAGCGGCGCUCAGGGCCCCAACAAGGCCGGGCCAGAGGAGACGUGGACGGCCGAGAGGAUGCUCCAAAACGCACAGCAGGCCCCGCCGUCCUCCACAUCCACAACCGCCCCGACAAGGCCCAUGUUACCCGGAGCCAUGACUCUCAGUAACCGCUCUGCGUUUUCUCCUCUCCAGCCAAACGCCCCGCACUUCGGCGCCGACCCCAGCACAUAUUCUCUGGGCACCCACCUGGGACUGAACCCGCUGCGGCUGGCCUACUCUGCGCACAGCCGGGGACUGGCUUUCAUGACGCCCUACUCCACCACCGGGUUGAUGCCCACUCUGGGCUUCAGACCCCCGAUGGACUAUGCCUUUAGCGACCUGAUAAGGGACAGGACAAUGUUACACAAGGAGCAAGGCUAUGCCAGCGGCCUGUACGGGCCUUUGGUCAACAACACGCCGGAAAAACAGUGAGGCUGGCGGACUGACCAUAGAGACACACUCCAUUGUAUUUGUAGCCACAAGUGUUGAAUGUUCUGGCGAAAAUCUGUGAUGUGUUUUGGCUACAGGCUACUGUACAUAAUAGGAUUAUCUGGCUUGUAGUCAAAUGGUCUGAGAGUAAAAAAACUAAACUCACGUAUGUGUAAAUUUCAAAAAUAAUUUUAUAUGUUUGACUACAAACGUUUGGAUGACAUUCCCCACGUGUGAACCUGAUUGUUCCAUCGAUAAAAUAACGUGAAGCUGAAACGAUAUUUAAAGAUUCCAAAAUAAAUCACGAUCAGGCUGGAAAAGUAAAAAGUAAACCCAGUGCUUUUAUUACCGAUUUUUACGGCAGUUCUAGAAUAAAAAUUAAAAUAAAGCAACGAAGACAUGAUUUAUGAGAGACUUAUAACAUUUUAAAGCCCAUCAAAUUUGUCAGCCGGUUGGUGCAACUGAAGUGCAUAUACAUUUUCAAAAUCAAAAUAUGCAUUUCUCUCACACACAUGGAAUAUUAAAUGAGGCAGUUAAGUUAUUAUAACAUGUAGCUUACAGAUGUUAACACUAUUUCUUGAUGUAAAAGUUGAACUAAUGAUGUGUAAAUGCCAUCCCUUUUUUCUUAUGCAUUAUUUCACUUAUUUCACCUUUUUUUUUAGUUCGUUUCCAACUGCCUGUAUUAUAUCUUGCAUUUGGUAAUAUGAAUUGCUAUGCUAUAUUUGACUUUUCAUUUAUCCGUUAGUCAGCUCAAACCUUUUGUGACAAAGUGCUGGAUCAAGUCAGUUCCUCUUCAAAUGUUUCAAACUGUGCUGUCACAUUGUACUAUGAAUAUGCUGGAAAUAAAUGUUAUUUUAAAGAAA